AUGCGAUUGUCGCAAUUCCGCGCUAUUGACAAUAUAUUGUGUGAAUACCAUCUUUAUGUUCUUUCGACGCUAUUGACAAUAUAUUGUGUGAAUAUCAUCUUUAGGUUCUUUCGGUGUUAUGUAUGCUACUUUCUGUUUUUCAGGUAUUGUUUAGAUGGUCCUGUGGUUUUUACAGAUGAGAUUAUUUGGUAUUGUGAGGAUUGUGAAAUAGAGGUAAUAGACGUAGAUUUUUCUGAUAAUGCGAUUGUAGAUUCGGAAAACACUGAAGUUAGUUUCAGUGAUUAUUGUGAUCAAAACAGUGGUGAUUCGGAGAAUGUUGAAGUUGAAGAUUGUGACGGAGAGGUGAUAGAUGUAGAUAAUUCCGAUAAGGAGAUUGCAGAUUUGGAGAAUGUUGAAGUUGAGGAUUGUGAGGUAGAGGUAGUAGAUGUAGAUAGUUCUGAUAAGGAGAUUGCAGAUUCAAAAAAUACAGAAGUUAAUUCCGUCGAGGACUGUGAUCAAGAAACUGCAGAUUCGGUUAAAGUUGAAGUUGAUUCAGGAUAUGAAUGUGCGACUGUAGCUGAUUCGCAGCCUAUUGCAGAUCCAAUAUGGAGGGGAAGUUUGCAGCUUAUCAACAAAAGCUUUGAAUUAAUGGCCCAUUUGUCCACUCUAGCAAGCCCUAAAGUCCAUGAAGUUACAAGACAUUUCCCUAAUGUACUUUAUGCUGACUUGCUUCAGAGAUCAGCUGUAUGGCCAAACCUUUUCAGGAAAUUUGGAGCAUAUAAUGAAGACAUUGGCCUUUAUUUCCUUCCUCAGAAUGAAAGGGUUGAGAGAUUUUUUGACGACCUAGUAUAUGAAAUGAUUUCCAGUGAUCUUGCCAUAAGAGCUGAGGUUGAAGAAGCUGAGCUUUUAAUUUUUUCUUCUACAACGCUUCCAAGCGAACAUAGGAGAUUUCAAUCAAAGUAUUACUUGUGGGGAGCUGUAAGAAAAAACAAACAUCAUCCUAAAUGCUAAUGUUUUAAUCAAACUAUAGUCUCUACUAUUUUGAGGAUUAAUGAUAGUUUUUGUUUCAAUGCACAGCCCUAAUGUGUAUCUAACCAUAGUUGAGGGUUAAUGAUAAUUUUUGUUCAAUGCA